AUACUGCUUUUUAUACAACUUCCUAUAUAUGCAUUUUCAAAACUCUAAUGUUAACAUGGUUUGCAUAGACAGGGCCUUGGCUACAGUCAAAUUAAUUGGGUGGAGCUUCUGGUCUGUCUCAUCAUGUGGAGGCAGUUUACUGGUUGUCACAUGAGUUCUGCAUCAGCAUCUCCUGUUCAAAGCUCUCUUGGAUUUCCAGAAGUGUGUAGCUCUUGUUUUCCUAAACCUCCACCUCCCGAUUCAUGCUGCUUGCCUUCACGGCUGCUGAUGGUCAAAUCAAAUUCCAAAAUCUCAAAUUUAUCUGAUAUGAAGAAGAUGAUCGCAGUGCUGGUUUUUCUGAUACUGAUGCAAGAAACUGUGAGCGCUGCUUGGUCAGUGACCUUUGAAAACCCAAAUGCUUGUGCUUUAAAUGGAUCAUCGGUGGAGUUCAGGUGCUCAUACAACUACUCAGAUGGAGAAACUGUUAAUAAGACUGCAUGGUACAAAGGGGAAUUAAAAGAUGGUCGCUGGACACGUGUUCCUCUCUCAGACCUCCCAUCAUAUCAAAAUCGUUCUGAAUAUCUCGGUGACCUGCAGCACAACUGCAGCCUGGCAAUUCAUGACGUGCAGGAAAAUGACACUGGAUAUUACUACUUCAGGUUUGAUACAGAAACAUAUGGAUGGCGUAGUAAAAAAUCUGUGUACCUGUCUGUCACAGAUCUGAGUGCCAGGGUGCACCCUGACAGUGUGAGAGUAGGAGACAACGUUACUCUUGAAUGUGGAACUUGCUACGAUCAACCCAGUGCAGUUUGGUUCAAAGAUGGACGUCCAGUAGCCAAACCAGAGUUCCAGGCUCAGAUUGAGGAUACUGGGAGUUAUGUGUGUGCUGUCGAAGGAGUGCUAUCGGACCCUGUGGUUCUGGAUGUUCAGUAUCCCCCAGUGAAUGUGUCUGUUGAGGUGCUUCCUGGCCACCUGACUGUCAGCGGUGUGAAUCUGACCUGCAGCUGUGAUGCUAAUCCUGCAGCAGACAACUACACCUGGUACAGGGGCACUGUUUCCAGUUUGACCUCUGUGGCCCAGGUGGGCUCAGGACAUAUGCUGCAUAUACCCUCUGUGGAGGUGUCCCACGCUGGACUUUACUUCUGUCAGGUCAGCAACCGACUGGGGCAAAACAACUCAACUGCAGUGCGACUGACAAUGGAUGAAGCAGAGAUUGACCAUUUGAUCCUCCUUGUUGGUAUUGGAAUAAAAGUGUUUGUUGUGCUGUUGCUUACCCUGGUUAUUAUCUUGGUUUGGAGUAAGAGACCUGGUUUUGCUGUGCAUAAAGAGGUAAGAAGGACCUUGCUCUGUAUAAAUGAAUGCCUGUGUCUCCCACAGCGUCUUAUGUUGCCCUGUUAUGUUUCAGGAGAACAGCAAUGAUUACGAAAACAUCCCUACUGCCUGACAUGGUUACGCAAGAAUGUUCAAAGAAGCCGGGGAUGCAUGACAUUUCAUACUUCUGUGGUCUUUAUGUUGUUUAUCAGUUCAACCAAAGAACUUUGGGAGGAACUAAUCUGCUCUACCAAAAAUGCAGCAUGAAUUUCUUUCUCCUGCAAACACUCAGUCCUUUGUGUAAUGCUGGAGACAGAGUUGUAAGAUUACCAAGAAAACAUUUCUAAUGUUCAUUUUAUUAGAUUAAAUACCCACAACCUUAUGUAUUAGUACAUAAACCAUUUUUGUCUGUUUUGCAUGUAGCCUGUUGUAAUUUAUUGAGUAGUAGUUCUACUUGGUGAAUAUACUUUAUAUAUUCAUUAUGACAUUUUCUAUUCUUGUUUUGUGCCAAUAAUGUUUGUGCCCAUUUGGAACAGCUCUGUGUUUUACUGCUGCAGAGUAUUUUAUGUGGUCUGAAUGGUUCACUCCUGGUACAGCAGACUGAAUCAGUGUGGUCAAACCGGGAUAUGCCGCCCUCUUGAGUUCAAAAUACACAUGUACUGUAUAUUAUGCUAUAGUACUCUUGUAAAUACUUUGUUACAUUCAGUCUAUCAACUUAAGUAAUAUUUACAUCACUGGCCUCAGCCUCAACACAAUCUUUGUAAUGUUACUUCUGAGAUUGAUGAUUUAAAAAACAAUAUGUGUUUUUAACUGAAACAGUGUAUAUAUUUUAUCAUUUUGCUUUCAUGCCAUGAAAGUGAUCUGCCUCACUCAUAUAGACAUGGGCAAUAAGUUACUGCUCAGUGAUUGCUUAAGAUUAAAAUUAUUGUUUUUGUAAG